AUGUUUUUGACGAUAUUUUUAUUUUAUCUUCUUGUAACGAUUACAAUAUCAGUAACACAUGUGCCUGGUACUAUUCAUGUUGAAUUAUUACCAGAUAAUCAAGUAGCAAAAGGAAUAUAUAGACCAUCAGCAUCGGUUCAUUAUUCAAUUCGAUUUGAAAACGUACCUAUUAAUGAUGAUGUUAACAUUGGUGUAGAAAUUCGUGGUAGUAAUCCAGCAGGUGGACCUCGUGGUUAUAUUUUAAUGGCACAUAAUGUAACUCCAAUUAAAGAAUUUAUACAAACAACAAAUAAUCAUCUUCAAUAUAAAUUAAUACCAAAUGAAAUUUUUGCUGGUUAUAGUUGGUUUUUAAGACCAUUUGUUUCUUUUACAAAUGAAUCAAUGGGUUCAACAAAUAUGAUGAAUGCAGGUGCGUCAGAAAUGUUUUAUGUUCUUAAACAAUAA